AUCAUCAUCAGCAAGCUGGUGUUGCUGAGCCAUGGUCCGAACCGAAGUGGAAAAGGAAAAAAGAGAGAAAGAGACGAGGCAGUAAGGCAGCCGUAACACCAUGUCGAUGACGCGCGCAUUUCCAUGGCCCUCAGAUUUUAGGGCGCGGACCUUGGCCUGAGACAUAAUUCCAGUGACAGACAUGGCGCUAAUUUUAUCUCAUAGUUCUCUAUCUCUUCUUCACUUCCUUUCCUAAUGCCCAUUAGCUUGUCAAAUGCAAGGCGGCCGCCUUUGCAUGUCUUGCUGUUCUGUUUGGGAUUUGCCCUACUGUUAUUCUCAUUCAAUCUGUUCCGCGAUUCCUAUACCUCCUUUUCACCCACCCCCUCGAAAAGUAACACCACUGGGUACACUUUGCCAUCCAAUAUCUCGCCCGAGGAUCCUGUCCGGGCAUGUUAUGUCGUCUUGGUCAGAAAUCAGGAAUUAAAUGGCUUGUUAUCUUCGAUGCGUCAAUUGGAAGACACCUUCAAUCGAAAGUUCAAUUAUCCUUAUGUUUUUCUCAAUGACGACGAAUUUACGCCUGAAUUUAUUGAGAUGACCUCAGCGGCCACCAAGUCUGAAGUCAAGUACGGUAAACUUGAUUCACAAAUGUGGGGCUACCCGUCGUUUAUCAAUCAAACACUUGCCGCUGAAAACCGUGAGGCUAUGGCUGCUACCGGUAUUCCUUACGGCGGAAGUGAAAGCUAUCGGCACAUGUGCAGAUUCCAAAGCGGCUAUUUCUUUAGACACCCUCUUUUGGAUGAAUAUGACUAUUACUGGCGAGUCGAACCAGAUGUUGAUUUCAGUUGUCAAGUAGACUAUGAUGUCUUCAAGUACAUGAGAAACCAUGGAAAGAAAUAUGGCUUUACUAUUGCUUUCCGGGAGUUCAUGGGUACCAUUCCCAGUCUUUGGGACACCGUUCGAAAUUUCAAGCGUGAUUAUCCUGAGGUGGCAGACAACCUGCCUGCUAGACAAGAUACACUUUUCAAGUUCAUUACCGAUGAUAACGGUAACACCUACAAUGGUUGCCACUUUUGGACCAACUUCGAGAUCGCAUCGCUAGACCUGUGGCGAUCCAACGACUAUCUCAAGCUAUUCAGUUAUCUUGAUAGAAGUGGUGGCUUUUUUUACGAACGCUGGGGAGAUGCUCCGGUUCAUUCAAUUGCCGCCACUCUGAUGCUGCGCAAGGACGAAUUUCAUUUUUUCAAUGACAUAGGCUAUAGACACUCUGCUUAUACACAUUGUCCUGUCGAACCCGAGUUCCGUGACCGCUGUAGCUGCAAUCCGGACACCAACUUUGGUAAGUGAAGAUUCUUACUGUAGCACCAUGUCAUUACAAGCACGUUCACUAAUCCAUCCACUACAGAUUACGAUCCUAACCUCAGUUGCUACAGUCAUUUUGAGAACGCAUUUUAGUUGCUAUUCCUUUUGUUUUUGUAUCGCCGAGUUUAUUUUCGAAAAACCCUCUUCUACCUGUAUAUACGAUGAAAAUUUUAUGAAGACGAAAUAAAUUUGGCACCAUAGAUCAGUUUUUUUUUCUUAAAAGAAAAAAAAGAAAAGUACAUCAUUGCAAUGACCGUUUGUUCCCCGAAAGCUCAUCAAGAGGUGGCUGUAGAGCGUUCGUAUGUUGCGUUCAUACGUAAAUGAUGGCUAAGCGAUAGAAACAAAAUGCAAUAGGUUGGUUGCCUGAAAACCCCCAGGUCAGAAAAGACUGCUAAUUUGGAAGAUCUCAGAAAAUGCCCAGGUUAAAGCGAUAGCCGGUGUCAAAUGAAAAAUACCAUACUAGGCG